UGUGCUACACAUCCGGGCCACUGUUACUAGCGAGGGGAAGAUGGCGGCAGCAACAGUGGUGGUUCCCGCAGAGUGGAUAAAGAACUGGGAGAAAUCUGGAAGAGGCGAAUUUUUGCAUUUAUGCCGGAUUCUCAGUGAAAAUAAAAGCCACGACAGUUCAGCCUACAAAGAUUUCCAACAAGCUCUCUAUGAGUUGUCAUACCAUGUCAUUAAAGGAAAUUUAAAGCAUGAACAGGCAUCUAAUGUUCUUAAUGACAUUAGCGAAUUUCGUGAAGAUAUGCCUUCUGUUCUUGCUGAUGUAUUCUGCAUAUUAGAUAUUGAGACAAAUUGUUUAGAAGAAAAAAGCAAGAGAGACUAUUUUACACAAUUGGUAUUAGCAUGUUUGUAUUUAGUUUCAGACACAGUUCUGAAGGAACGCCUGGAUCCAGAAACAUUGGAAUCCUUAGGGCUUAUCAAACAGUCACAGCAGUUCAAUCAAAAGUCAGUUAAAAUCAAGACAAAACUUUUUUAUAAGCAGCAAAAAUUCAAUUUGUUAAGAGAAGAGAAUGAAGGUUAUGCCAAGCUGAUUGCUGAAUUGGGACAAGAUUUAUCUGGAAAUGUUACUAGUGACUUAAUUUUAGAAAAUAUCAAAUCUUUAAUAGGAUGCUUUAAUCUGGAUCCGAAUAGAGUUUUGGAUGUCAUUUUAGAAGUGUUUGAAUGUAGGCCAGAACACGAUGACUUCUUUAUAUCUUUAUUAGAAUCUUACAUGAGUAUGUGUGAACCGCAGACACUGUGUCAUAUUCUUGGAUUCAAAUUCAAGUUUUACCAGGAACCAAGUGGUGAGACGCCGUCAUCUUUAUACAGAGUUGCAGCCGUACUUCUGCAAUUUAAUCUCAUUGAUUUAGACGAUCUUUAUGUACACCUUCUUCCAGCUGAUAAUUGCAUUAUGGAUGAAUAUAAGCGAGAAAUUGUGGAAGCUAAGCAGAUUGUUAGAAAGCUUACAAUGGUUGUAUUGUCUUCUGAAAAAUUUGAUGAACGAGAGAAAGAAAAGGAAAAAGAAGAUGAAAAGCCACCUGACAACCAAAAACUUGGUUUGUUGGAAGCUUUGUUAAAGAUUGGUGAUUGGCAGCAUGCACAGAACAUUAUGGAUCAGAUGCCCCCAUACUAUGCAGCUGCUCAUAAACUAAUAGCCCUUGCUAUUUGCAAGCUCAUUCACAUAACUAUCGAGCCUCUCUACCGAAGAGUUGGCGUUCCUAAAGGUGCUAAAGGCUCACCCAUUAACGCUUUGCAAAACCAGAGAGCUCCAAAGCAAGCAGAAAGCUUUGAAGAUCUGAGGAGGGAUGUAUUCAGUAUGUUCUGUUACCUUGGGCCUCACCUUUCUCACGAUCCCAUUUUAUUCGCAAAAGUCGUGCGCAUAGGCAAGUCAUUUAUGAAGGAGUUUCAGUCUGAUGGAAGCAAGCAAGAAGACAAAGAAAAAACGGAAGUUAUUCUUAGCUGUUUACUUAGCAUUACUGACCAGGUAUUAUUACCGUCUCUUUCUUUGAUGGACUGCAAUGCUUGUAUGUCUGAGGAACUAUGGGGAAUGUUUAAAACAUUUCCCUAUCAGCAUAGAUACCGUCUCUAUGGCCAGUGGAAGAAUGAAACUUAUAACAGUCACCCACUUUUAGUAAAAGUUAAAGCUCAAACAAUAGACAGAGCCAAAUAUAUCAUGAAACGUCUGACCAAGGAAAAUGUCAAACCUUCAGGAAGACAGAUUGGGAAGUUGAGCCACAGCAAUCCAACUAUUUUGUUUGAUUAUAUCUUAUCACAAAUACAGAAAUAUGAUAACUUAAUAACGCCUGUAGUAGAUUCGUUGAAAUACCUCACAUCAUUGAAUUAUGAUGUCUUGGCCUAUUGUAUCAUUGAAGCUUUAGCUAAUCCAGAAAAGGAAAGAAUGAAACACGAUGAUACAACCAUUUCAAGCUGGCUUCAGAGUCUGGCUAGUUUUUGUGGUGCAGUUUUUCGUAAAUAUCCGAUUGAUCUCGCUGGUCUUCUUCAGUAUGUAGCAAAUCAGUUAAAGGCUGGGAAAAGUUUUGACCUGCUUAUAUUGAAAGAAGUGGUACAAAAAAUGGCAGGAAUCGAAAUUACAGAGGAAAUGACAACAGAGCAAUUAGAGGCCAUGACUGGUGGAGAGCAGCUAAAAGCUGAGGGUGGUUAUUUUGGCCAGAUCAGAAACACUAAAAAGUCUUCUCAGAGGUUAAAGGAUGCACUGUUGGAUCACGAUCUUGCUCUUCCUCUCUGUUUGCUUAUGGCUCAGCAGAGGAAUGGAGUGAUUUUUCAGGAAGGUGGAGAGAAACAUUUGAAGCUUGUGGGAAAGCUCUAUGACCAGUGUCAUGAUACCCUAGUACAGUUUGGUGGGUUUUUAGCAUCCAAUCUAAGUACAGAAGAUUAUAUAAAGCGAGUGCCUUCAAUUGAUGUACUCUGCAAUGAAUUUCAUACACCUCAUGAUGCAGCAUUUUUUCUGUCGAGACCAAUGUAUGCACACCAUAUUUCAUCAAAAUAUGAUGAACUUAAAAAGUCAGAAAAGGGAAGUAAACAACAACAUAAAGUUCAUAAGUACAUUACAUCAUGUGAGAUGGUGAUGGCUCCUGUCCAUGAAGCAGUGGUUUCCUUACACGUUUCCAAAGUCUGGGACGAUAUCAGCCCUCAAUUCUACGCCACAUUUUGGUCUUUGACAAUGUAUGACCUUGCAGUUCCACAUACCAGCUACGAACGAGAAGUCAAUAAACUUAAAAUCCAGAUGAAAGCAAUUGAUGACAAUCAGGAAAUGCCUCCAAAUAAGAAGAAAAAAGAAAAGGAGCGUUGUACUGCUCUUCAGGACAAGCUUCUUGAGGAAGAAAAGAAGCAGAUGGAACAUGUACAGAGAGUUCUCCAGAGACUGAAAUUGGAAAAGGACAACUGGCUUUUAGCAAAAUCUACCAAAAAUGAGACCAUCACAAAAUUUCUCCAGCUGUGUAUAUUUCCUCGAUGUAUUUUUUCAGCAAUUGAUGCUGUUUACUGUGCUCGUUUUGUUGAAUUGGUACAUCAACAGAAAACUCCAAAUUUUUCCACACUUCUUUGCUAUGAUCGAGUUUUUUCUGACAUAAUUUACACGGUUGCAAGCUGUACUGAAAAUGAAGCUAGUCGGUAUGGGAGAUUUCUCUGUUGCAUGUUAGAGACAGUGACCCGGUGGCACAGUGAUAGAGCCACAUAUGAAAAGGAAUGUGGAAACUACCCAGGAUUUCUUACUAUAUUACGGGCAACUGGAUUUGAUGGUGGAAAUAAAGCCGAUCAAUUAGAUUAUGAAAAUUUUAGACAUGUUGUACAUAAGUGGCACUAUAAACUAACCAAGGCAUCGGUACAUUGCCUUGAGACGGGCGAAUAUACUCACAUCAGGAAUAUAUUGAUUGUGCUAACAAAAAUACUUCCUUGGUACCCAAAAGUUUUGAAUCUGGGUCAGGCUUUGGAAAGAAGAGUGAAUAAAAUAUGCCAAGAAGAAAAAGAGAAGAGGCCAGAUCUAUAUGCAUUGGCUAUGGGCUACUCUGGGCAGUUGAAAAGUAGAAAAUCACAUAUGAUACCUGAAAAUGAAUUUCAUCACAAAGACCCUCCUCCAAGGAAUGCUGUUGCCAGUGUACAAAAUGGCCCUGGGGGUGGGCCUUCUUCAUCCUCUGCAGGAAGUUCAUCUAAAUCAGAUGAAAGCAGUACUGAGGAGACUGAUAAAUCAAGGGAGAGAUCUCAGUGUGGUGUGAAAACUGUUAACAAGACCUCUAGUACCACACCAAAAGGGAAUUCAAGUAAUGGAAACAGUGGCUCUAACAGCAACAAAGCUGUUAAAGAAAAUGACAAAGAAAAAGUAAAGGAAAAAGAAAAAGAGAAAAAAGAAAAGACUCCAGCUACUACUCCAGAGGCCAGGGUACUUGGAAAAGAUAGUAAAGAAAAACCAAAGGAAGAGCGGCCAAACAAAGAUGAAAAAGCACGAGAGACGAAGGAAAGAACACCUAAGUCUGACAAAGAGAAAGACAAGUUCAAGAAGGAAGAAAAAGCUAAGGAUGAGAAAUUCAAGACCACCGUCACCAGUGUAGAAUCAAAAUCAACUCAAGAAAGGGAAAGAGAGGAGCCAUCAAGAGAAAGAGAUGUAGCAAAGGAAAUGAAGUCAAAGGAAAAUGUUAAAGGAGGAGAAAAAACACCAGUUUCUGGGUCCUUGAAGUCACCUGUUCCCCGAUCAGAUGCUGCAGAACCUGAAAGGGAACAAAAACGCCGUAAAAUCGAUACUCAUCCUUCUCCAUCACAUUCCUCCACAGUAAAGGUUACAGACAUACUUCCCAAAGUUCCUCUGAGUUCUGAGAACUAUGCCAGCUCACCUGUCAUCUCCAUUCAUUUUCUACAGGACAGUCUCAUCGAACUCAAGGAGUCUUCAGCAAAGCUCUACAUUAAUCAUACUCCUCCACCACUGUCCAAGAGUAAGGAGAGAGAAAUGGACAAGAAAGACUUGGACAAGUCAAGGGAAAGAUCCAGAGAAAGAGAGAAAAAAGAUGAAAAGGACAGGAAAGAGCGGAAAAGGGAUCACUCAAACAAUGACCGUGAAGUGCCACCGGACAUAACAAAGAGGCGGAAAGAGGAGAAUGGAACAAUGGGGGUUUCAAAACACAAAAGUGAGAGUCCAUGUGAGUCUCCUUAUCCAAAUGAAAAAGACAAAGAGAAAAAUAAGUCAAAAUCUUCAGGCAAAGAAAAAGGCAGUGGUGAUUCCUUUAAGUCUGAGAAGAUGGAUAAAAUCUCCUCUGGUGGCAAAAAGGAAUCCAGGCAUGAUAAAGAAAAGAUAGAAAAGAAAGAGAAACGUGAUAGUUCAGGAGGCAAGGAAGAGAAGAAACAUCAUAAGUCCUCAGACAAGCACAGAUAAUGAAGACUUUCAGCCGAGGGUGUAUGGACAGACCCCUAAGCUGAAUGUCUCCCUGAGGAGGAUGCCAAAGCUCCAUUCGUCACUCUCAGAAUGAUAUCUCCCAUAAUUAAGAGCUUCUGGUGCUGUCCAUCUUAUGGGAAUCUGCUUUAAGUCAGAAGAUGAAUAUAUACCACUGUCCUUUUGACAAGACAUUCCAAAGUCAUUGAUUUUCAGAGCAUUAUUUUCACAUGCAGGCAAUUUCUUGCAGCAAGGUCCCUGUGCAUACAGGUUUUACUUGAUAUAUGCCAUCCAGAAACAGCAUCUAAUGAAAAAUUUACUGACUUCUAAUCCAUCCUUCUUUCUCAGAAAGGAGAGGAAAUUGCCUCCUGGAACCAGUUCCUUAAUGAUGUAGAUAGGCUGCCUUUGUGUGUGGACUCCUAAGUGUGAAAACAUUGGAAUGACUAUGUUGCUUGAGGAUUUUCUUGUAAAAAAAUUAAUUUUAAUUUCAGUUCCUGGGAAAGAUUAUUUUUACAUGUUUUAACAGCAACAACAGUUUUAUCCCUUAAUGUGCCCUUAAAUAUGUUAUCAAAACUUUCUUUGUCCUUAACUAUUUCUCAUAAUGUGACCUCAUGAUCAGAAACCCAUAUUUUACUCUAAAUAUGGUCAUAUGACACCAUGAUGUUCCUUUUAUUAUUGCUACAUUACUUAGACAUCAUCAUGAUCAAGGACACAUUUCUUAUUCUCCUAAGUAUGGUCAUAUGAAUUACCAUGAUAUUCUUUAUUGGAACAUUAUUUUUCAGUCUAAAAAUUGAGAUGAACUUACCAUUUUAAAAUGUACCAUGCUACAUUACUUAGACAUCAUCAUGAUCAAGGACACAUUUCUUAUUCUCCUAAGUGUGGUCAUAUGAAUUACCAUGAUGUUCUUUAUUGGAACAUUAUUUUUCAGUCUAAAAAAUUGAGAUGAACUUACCAUUUUAAAAUAUACCAUUCAGUAGUCUUUAGUAUAUUCACUGUGUGGUGCUGUCAGCACUGCCAUCUAAUCUCAGAACAUUUCUCUCCCCUGCAAAAGUGUCCCAUACAGAUUAGCAGGCACUUUUGACUCCUCUUUCUUCAGCCACUGGAAACUACUAAUGUAUUUUUUGUCUGUGAAUUUGCCUAUUUGGGGACAUUUCAUAUAAAUGAAUUCAUGCAAUACUAUGGCCUUCAGUGCCUGGGUUCUUUCAACUAGCCAUGUUAUCAAGAUUCAUCCAUCUUGUAGCAUGUGUCAAUAAACCAUUCCUUUUUAUGGAUAAAUAUUCUAUUGAUUGAACGUGUGUCAUGUUUUGUUUAUCCAUUUAUCAAUAGCUGGACAGGAACAAUGAUAUUUUAAGUAUUGAAACUGUAAAUUCAAUAUCUGUAUCCAAAAUUAUAAUUGAAACUGUCAAGAUCAUACCUGGUUUGAGCAGAAUGCUAUGUAGAAAUGAUAUAUAAAUUAUUUGUUGGCAUUUCAUGCAAGUGUGAUUAUUUUCUAAGGCCCCUUAUUGUUAAGGUUUUAUGGACUAUGUGAAUGUAGUAUAUUCAUUAAUAAAGUUUAAUGCAUUAAGCAUUAAUUUAAAAUUUGAUGGAGAACAAUGCUAGGCAGAUAGGAAGUUAUUUGCCACAUGCUGUAAUACUCAUAUUUUGAAUUUAUUUCAUUAUGCAGUAUUUGAAAAUGUCAAUACAUAAAGGAUAUGAGUGUAAUUGAGUCAAUAUAUUUUUAAAGUAAUUUUUGUAAUUUAGCUGACAUUGCAUCUUAAUAUAAUUCACUAUUAAAUUCAUGUCCUUGUGACAGAUUUGAUGUCAUUUCUCUCCCUCUCUCCCUUCCCACUUCCUUUUCCCCUCCCCCUCCCCCUUCCCUUCCUUCCGAGACUCUCCCCUGUCUCUGAUCAUGUAAAAUAGGUUCCUUUCCUUUGCUACAUGUUCUGUUUAUUUUUGAUGCGUUAUAUUAUUCCUUGCUCCCGUGGAAUGUUGUACCUCUUGCUCUUUGAUUUUUUCUCUCCAGCCCAAACUCCUGAUAUACAGAAAAUGGUCACUGUUUCUUAACGGUCAUAGUGUGCCUGUCUGGAUGAUAUCUAAGAAUAUCAAUGAAAACUACACAAAUAUUUCAUGAUUUUUUUCUUGGAACUUCAAGUCUUCGUUGUAGACAGACUUCAUUAAAUUUUCUUUCUUACUCCUUCCUUUUAUUUAUCCUCUCUGUUCCCCUGGCACUCUCUGCCCCUCCCUUCUUUCUGUCCCUCCUCUCUAUGCUUUGACCUUCCUCCUCCCUUCUUCCCUCAGUCCAUCCUUCUCUUAUCUAUCAAUAUAACCAGUUUGUUUCUUUCAGGUGGAAAGAAUGGGAUGAAAUUUUUCAGCUGUGACCAGAAAUUUAUUUUCCUGAGUAGAUUGCUGAGAAUUGUGAAAGAAGAGGGUACAUUUUCAGUUCUCUGCUUUAUUGCUCCAUGCAGAAAGCUAAAUUGUUGUGUUGUGUAUUACUGUAUUUUAACAUGUUGCUUAAUUUCUUCGUGUUUAUUUUCAGUAAUGGCUGAAAGUGUUAAUUAUUCCAUAUUUUUAGCACAAUGUGCUGCAUAUACUUCCCAGUAAGCAAAUAAGGUUACAUGUGUACAGAUUUUCACCUUUGAUUAAAUAUUGCCUGGGUUUAGUUCCUCUUCCCCAUAAGAAAUGCUUCCUUUUUAAUGUUUGAAACUGAAAGUAAACAGUUAUUGAAUGAUUUUGAAUUUACCUCAUUUUAGAACUCAGUUUUAAUUUAUCUGGCCUGUUUUUAAUAUUAGCCACUAAAAAUAAAAUGGGAGCACUGUCUUAUGCAAUGCCUAAGAAUCGUUUUAUAUAGUAUGUGUACAACAUUAAAAUGUUUUUCAAAGAAAAAUAUACCAGCACUCACUUUUCCUUUGCCAUUCUUCUUUGUAAUUGGGCAAAUCUUGGGGAAGAAGGGAAAUUUAAAAAAAAAUGUGUUUUAAUUCUACAGCUACAGGAGCUUUGUACUGCUAAACUUAAAUCUGGAAAAGUUUCACAGUGACGUUUUUAAAAGAAUUUUUUUAUCUACUGAAUUCUACCAGUGUAACCUUUUUUUCUAAAUAAACAAUAGUUUUCUCAA